AUGCCGUCGCCUCCAUCCGGCCACCGCCGUUGCCGUGGCCGUGGCCUUCUCUUCCUUGCCAUGGUGGCGAGCCUCUUCACCGUCGUACUUUCCACGAACAGCCAGUGGACCCUGUUUGACUGCCAACAGUCGACGGCGGCCUCUUCUUCCACCAACAGCGUGUUCUGGUCCAACGUCGUGGCGUUAAUGGACGCGCUCCCGUCGGCCGCGGCGCCCACGGGCUUCGCCUCCCUGUCCCGAGGCAACGGCACUGACCGCGCCUUUGUCCGCGGAAUCUGCCGCGGCGACUCCACGGCAGCUCAGUGCGCCACGUACAUACAGAACGCCGCGCUCAGCAUCAGGAGCCGCUGCAACACCACACGCCGCGCAGCCAUCUGGUACGACGACGGCUCCACUGUGGCAUAUCCGGCGCCGAUGUUCUGCUUCGUCAGCUACGCCGACACCAACACGUCGACGGCCUACGAGGACGCGUACCGGCAGGAGUUCCAGAACAGCGUUGUGGUCACCAACACGGUUGGCUUCGAGACUGCUUACAGCACGCUCAUGAGUAGCAUCUCCGGGCGCGUCGUCAACGGCUCCGGCAUGUCAUCGCCGGCAGUAGCACCGAUGUUCGCAACAGGGGCGGCAGUGUACGAUGCCACUGCGCCCAACGGCACCAUGUAUGGGCUCCUGCAGUGCAUGAGGGAUCGGACGGCGGCGGAGUGCGCCAAGUGCUUGAAUGACUCGGUGCAGCAGUUGCCGUCAUGCUGCCGUGGUCAGAGGGGCGGGGUUGUGCUCGGCUACAACUGCUACCUGCGCAUGGAGGUAUACCCCUACUACGAUCUGGCCCUCGAUGGGCCAUCGAUCUUCGUCGGAGAAAGUCGGCCGGGAAAAAAGACGCAUGGCGCGAUUCUGCCGGUCGCGCUCGCGCUCGCUGUUGGAACGGUGCUUGCCGCAGUCACCAUCGUUGGUGUCUUCCUGUACAGGCGAAAGGCCAACCAGAAGCAAAACCCACAAGCUAGCAAUGUUAUUGAACACUUGAAUGUCUUCCAAGGCCACAUAAGUCAGCUGACAGCCAUGAAGAUAAAUCUUGAUGAUAAAGUGCAGGAAUUGUUAUUGUUGAACCCAUUGUCGGACAGCUGGAACACACUUGUUGUAUCACUUAGCAAUUCAUCUCCAUAUCGGAAGCUGACUCCUAAUAUGGUGAAGAACAACUUGUUGAAUGAGAAAACCAAAAGAAAAGAAAAGAAAAGGGCAGCCAUCAGCCAUCUUCUUCUUAUGCAUAUCUAUCUGAAAAGAAGGAAAUUGUGGUUGAAGCCAAGUGAAAUCUCAGCGAGACAGAAAUAUUCAUCAACCAUUAUUGGCAAGGGCACUGUAUGUAUUGAGACAAGUAUAGGCAACAAGUUGACACUUAAGAAUGUGAGGCAUGUCCCUGCUAUAAGACUGAACUUGGUGUUAAUGGGAAAGCUUGAUGAUAUUGGCCUUGGCAGUUACUUUGGUGAAGAAAAAUGGGAGCUCACCAAUGGUUCCUUGAUUCUAGCUCGUGGUGCCAAGAAAGCGUGUAUUUAUGUGACAAAGACCAAGCUAUGCAAGAGUGAUGUAAACAUUGCUGAGAGGGAUUCCAGCAUUGAGUUGUGUCACAAGAGACUUGGACAUAUGAGUGAGAAGGGGCUGCACUCCCUUGUUCAUAAGAACUUCCUCCCUGAGUUCAAAGCUCGACGACUACCAUGGCCUGAUUGCCAGACCUACACCUACAUGAUGCAAUUUGGACAGCAGGUCGGCAGCCGGCUCCCGACGGUGUCAAUUUGGGACAGCGAUGCCGGCAUCAUCGUGGUCGCGGUGGCAUGGCACGACGUCUCACGUCUGGCCUCUCACUCCGAUAGUACCAGCGUGGCAAAGUGCUGA